GAGUCUGCUCAGAAGAUUUGUAAAUCCUGGCACUUCAGCAUCUGAAUCCUUCCUUCUCUGUGACAGCCGUUUCUCACCCUCCUGAGUGUGGACGGAGAAAGGCCCUGCAACUGAGAAGGUUGAGGGUGUGUGGUUCCUAAAGCCAGGUGAUGGAUCCAAAUCCCAUCUUGCUUUCUUCUCAAUCCCGGACCUGCUCCUACCUGGAAGACCCCUGCAUGGAAGGUGAGAGAAGCUUAUCCUCCCAAGAGCUGGGCAGAGACUCCCCCUUUCUCUGGGACCAGCUGCCCAACUCCAGCCUUGCUGACCCUGACUGGUUUGGGAACGAGCACAUCCAAGCAAAGAGGGCCAGAGUAGAGACCAUCGUCCAAGGUGUGUGUCUCUCCCCUAUCUCUCUAGUGCCAGAAAAUGCCCACGCCAGGGACAGCCCAUGCUACCCAGAGAAGGUCAGGGAACGGAAGAGGAAGCAGAGCCUUCCCAUGCAGCAAAGCUCCCUUAGGUCAGGCCCUGUCCAAGACCAGGGCACUGGGAUAGGGAGCCACCAGGUGAGACAACAGCUUCACCUGCUGAAGCAGCAGCUGAGACAUCUUCAAGAGCACAUCCUACAGGCUGCCAAGCCCGGGGCUCCAGUCCAGGGCCUGGGAGGCUCUGAGCAGGAAAGAGGCCCCCUGAGUGCAAAGAAGAGGAAUGGAUGUAGGUCUAGCCCCUGGGAUAUGGACAGUGAUCACCACCAGGACUUCCAAGGAGGAGAAAAGCACAGAAUGGCUGAGAUUGGACACCAGUCGGAGGAGCCCAGUUUCCUUCCUUCUGGAGCAUGGGCAGUGCUGGAGAUCCUGAGGAAGGAACUGACCAGGGUGGUGGCCCAGGCUGUGGACUCAGUAUUACAAAAGGUGCUAUUGGAUCCGCCUGGUCACCUGACCCAGCAGGGAAGAAGCUUCCAGAGGCUAGUGCCAGAUGGUAGAAGUGAGCCUUCACUUUCUGGAGGAGGUGCCUGUAAAGAUCUACCUGCUCUGGCCACCGCCUUGCCCAGGAGGGUCCAGCCACAAGCUGGGGUUUCUUUGGGAAAUUUAUCACUGGCCAACCCUCUGGAUUCUCCUACAUACCCAGUCUCUUCAAGAAGGGUCACCAAACCCUAUCAGGGUCCUGCAGCAAACUGUCCCUUCACUGUACCCUCCCACAUCCAGGAAAGUCAUAUUCUUAAUCGGUUACUGGGUCAUGGGUCCAAUGGCCAUUGGAGCAGAGGUCCUCCCCAGGAUGCAUCUUCCCAAAGUUGCCCAUCCCCACAGUCUGCCCAGCAGCCUUGGGUUUUGAACCCAAGGCUCCCCCUGCCUUUCACAGCAGCACAUCUGGAGAGCCAGCCUCUCCUUCCCUCUGUGAAGAUGGAGCAAGGAGUUCUGCAGGCUGUCACUGAUGCUCUUCCUUUCUCUUCCAUCCACAUCCAGGAAGGCCUAAACCCUGGUCACUUGAAGAAGGCCAAACUAAUGUUUUUCUUCACACGGUACCCCAGCUCUAACCUCCUGAAGGCUUAUUUCCCUGAUGUUCAGUUCAACCGCUGCAUUACUUCCCAGAUGAUCAAGUGGUUCAGCAACUUUCGUGAAUUUUAUUACAUCCAAACGGAAAAAUUUGCCCGGCAAGCAAUUUCAGAUGGUGUGACAAAUCCCAAAAUGCUAAUGGUUCUCCGUGAUUCAGAACUUUUUCGAGCUCUCAAUGUGCACUAUAACAAGGGAAAUGACUUUGAGGUCCCAGACUGUUUCUUGGAAAUCGCCAGCCUGACGUUACAGGAGUUCUUCAGGGCUGUCUCCGCAGGGAAAGACUCAGAUCCUUCCUGGAAGAAACCCAUUUACAAAAUUAUUUCAAAACUGGACAGUGAUAUCCCAGAGGUAUUCAAAUCUUCCAGCUAUCCCUAGAAGCUGUUUCCAGAGUUAAGAUCAAAGACAAUGAGUAACUGGGCAGGAUUUCCUGAGUUUGUCUCAAAUGGCACUUUAGCUGUAGUCACAUAAAAAGGGCACAAGGACCCCAUACCCCAAGUAGGCACUAUUACUAGUUUGAUCAAAGAUUUAACUUUAUAGUAUAUCAACUAAGUGUAUGAACAGGUUGGUAGUGUAUUUAAAAAGAAACACAAAUUUGGAAUCAGAAGACUUGGAAUGUCAAUUCCACUGUUGCCAGAUGGGAACUUCCUGGUAUCUCUGUACCUGAAAAAUGAGGUUAUAAGAAUUAAAAG